GCAGCUGUGGGUCUGGCGCUGUUUAGCAUACCUCCUGUUGGCUGCCUUGAUCGGGCUGGCCAUAUCAAUGGCGCUGGUGAUCUCGGACCGCAAGUCCCUACGGCGGGAGGUUGGCGACUUCCGUAACACAACGCUCUACGCAGAGCGCAAUACCUGUCCCGGCUUCCUGGACAAGGGGCAAGCGGUGCUGGAGUCUGACCGUGUUCCCUCCUCGGCCCAGCCAAAUCUGUUUGAGGAGCUGACUGUUCCAGAGAUGGCUGCGGUGCGGAAUUAUCUCUUCGCGCAGGCAGACCUCAAUCUCACGCGCUCGGACGAGGCCACCCCAGCCUCCAACGUCAUCUAUCUCAUGGAGCUUCAGCCGCCGCCCAAAGUCCCGGCGCUGGCAUUCCUUGACUCUGGCGGCGCAGUGCCCGCACCGCCCAGACAGGCGCGGGUGGUGGUGUAUUUGGGAUACCUGGAGCAGCCAAAAGUGGUGGAGAUGACAGUGGGGCCGCUGCCGGCUCCAACCAAUUACACCAUUCUGCGCGAAGUGCCUUGGAACACUCGGCCGCCCAACUCAGCCGAAUACUCAGCGAUGGAUGCAGUGAUUCAGGCGGCUUCUGCGCAGCUGGAGCAGUUCAUGACUCAGAGCUUUGCCGGUUUCAAGUACUACAACUGCGAGUUUCCCCGCUGCCUGUUGUGGGGGGACACCACCCCCCGGGGGGUGACUAAUGAUCAGCGCCAAACCUGGAUCUGGUUCAUGCGCUUCACUGACGGCUACUACCUGAAACCGAUUGGGCUGGAGUUCCUGGUGGACCACAGGGGCAACGACCCCUCCAAGUGGGCGGUCACCCAGAUCUUCUACAACGGGCAGGUCUUUGGCAACACCACCGAACUCAACACCGCCUUUGCGGAUACCACCUCCGGGCUCAAUCGCCAACAGUUGAGGCAGCCGCUGCCGGGGGAGAUAAACUAUGCGAGCCUCAAGCGGCAGCCGGGGCCGGGGCGGCCGGAGCCGAGAGGCAACGCCGCGCCACAGGCGGGGUCGCGGCAGUACGAGCCGUCGGGGAAGCGUUACAGCAUCGACAGGAACGCCGUCUCAUACAUGGGCUGGACAUUCCAGGUGAGCAUUCGGCCGAGCGGGGGGAUCAGGAUAUGGGACGUGCGAUUUGGCGGUGAGAGGAUUGCGUAUGAGAUAGCGCUGCAGGAAGCCAUGAUCUCAUACGGAGGAGCCACGCCGUCGCAGUCGGUCACGCAGUCCUAUGACACGGCCAACGGCCUGGGCAGCGGUUUCCACGAGUUGGUGCAUGGGGUGGACUGCCCAUUCCAUGCAUCCUACCUGGACUCGGCGGCGUUUGUGGACCGGGAUUCUCCGUUGCUGCACCCGCAGAGCAUCUGCGUUUGGGAGCAGGACAGCGGCAGGCCACUCUGGCGCCAUUACACCCAGGAGUUUGCAGCCAAGGGGAGCUUCAUCCAGUACGGGGGAGUGGCGGACCACGCAUUAGUCGUGCGGGGCAUUACUACGGUCUACAACACCGACUACAUGACUGAUUUCGUGUUCCACCUGGACGGCUCCAUCAAGGCGCGUCAGAAUCAAUCUGCAGAAGUGUCAUCAGGAGUGUUUUUCUCAGAUCUGUCUAUGCUUUCCCGGGCGGUGUCGGUGGGGCUUUCAGGCUAUGUGCUGGCAGCGCCCUGGAGUGGGGCGACUGGCAACUACUCCUACCCGCUCUAUGCUGACAUGGGCGCCAGCGUUCAGGACCACUUCCUCAACUGGAAGGUGGACCUGGACAUAAAGGGGACGGAGAACAGCAUGCGCCAGGACUUCAUCGAGAUCGAGGAGCGGCCGCUGCCGUGGUCCGUAGCCGGGGCCAACGGGCCCGUAAACGGCACUGCGGCGCCCGUAACAGUCCAGAAGCGGCUGCGGCGCGUGCUGCCGGAGACGGAGGAGGACGCAAGUUUGAGUUUGAGUUCAAGCCGGCAGGUGAUGUCAGCGGUGAUCAGCGAGCGCAGCGUCAACAAGUGGGGCACGCCGCAGGGUUACCAGAUUCAGGUGGACAGCUCGAUUAGUCAGCUGUAUCCCGACAGCUGGCAGGCGGCGCAGGCCGGCUCAUGGUCCCGCUACCAGAUCGCCACGACCGUGCGCCGUGACAACGAGAGCUCUUCAUCUUCCAUCUACGCAGCCGCGCACCCGGGAGUGCCGCCGCAGCCGGUGAACUUCUCGUCCUACAUCAACGGCGAGUCUGUGCGCAAUACAGACAUCGUCAACUGGGUGACGGUGGGCGCUUAUGACGUGCCCACGAGUGAGUCAGCGCCAGUCACCGCCGUUACGGGCAGAGAGCUGUCCUUCUGGCUGCGUCCCUACAACUACUUUGACCGGGGAGCUGCGACAGAUCUGUACGGCAUAGUGGUCAUGUCUCCGACCAACUACACGCGGCGCGCGCAGCCAAAGUACGAGACAUAUGGGGUGGCCACAGACUUCAGCUGCGUUCCCUCCAAGAAUGCUGCCCCCUUCAACCGCACUGAAUUCUCCGCCUACGUCUAAGCGUGUCUUGUCGGGGCGUUGCCUGCUCUUAGCAUGCGCCUGAUUUGGCUUG